AUGGGCCACAAAAUAGACAUUUUUUUAUACAUUUGCAAAACAGAAAACGAAGCAAAGGUUAAGAAGGAUGUCGUAAAGAGACUCAUUCCUACUAAAAGGAAGUUCACAAAGGGGGUAGUGGUCAAGUACGUUUUGCACAACUGUAAAACGAAAAAUAAUUUAGUAAAAAAAAAAUGGAACAUAAGUUACAUACUAAAUAAGACCAAGGAUAAGCGCAAAGGGGGGAAGAAGGGGGAGAAGCUUGAAAGAAGACAGCUCGAUGAAGCUACUCUUCAACGUGGAGAAGUUACACAGGAAGAGAGGAGUGAAAAUUCAUCUCAAAGUGGUUCUCACCAAUAUGUGAGUCGAAAAAGUUGUUGCGCUAAAAAUUCAGGUACUUAUAAAAAACUUCUGAACAGAAUACUCCGCAAUGUGAGAAAUGGCCAAAACACGACGAUCAUAAAUGCAGGGGUAGACACGAAGAAGAGGGAGAAAAAUGUCUUUUUCUAUGGACACCUGUAUAGGAGAUACCUAAGGGGUAAUAAAAAACAUAGGCGUUGCGAUGCUGCGCUGGUCAGAAGAAAAAAAAAACUCAAAAGGUUACCAUUUGUAGACAGCGGAAAUGUGUUGGAAAAGGAGGAAACGCCCAGUGGUGUCACUAAUGAAAAAGAGGAAGUAACAUCAUCGGAGGGAGAAAUAAAGAAGACGAUGAAGGAGAAGGAAUCACACAAAGGUUGCCGUGACACAUGUUACACGAAGAGAAGGCGGAAGGACUACAUCGAAAGCGCCAAUGUUGAGGAAUGCUUAAAAAAAAAAAAAGGACUCAUUUUGGAUAUAUACGAUUGGAUUGUCAGCACGAAUAGUGAAGAAGAUAUGAAAAUAUCAAUUUCGUCAUGGGUUUACAGAAAUAGUAAAAUAAUUGAUAUGUUAAAAAAAAGUUUUAGUGAGGAUAAAAAUCGCACAAGCGGAAGGAAAGGCUGUGGGAAGACGCCCCCUUUUUGCCACAGAUGUUUUAUAAAAAAAUCUUUUGACAACCCCAAUUUUGGGAAUCCCCAAUGUUGCAAAGAAUUGCCCAUAAAAAGGCCAAUACAAAAUGGCGAACAUUUAACCAUAUGCCUUAAACGUAUAAUAAAAAAGUGCAGAAAAGUUUUCACUCGGUCAAAGAAGGGAAUCACUAAUGUGUGCUUUGUCUUUAAAUACAAAAUUAGGAUGGACGGCAGGGACAGUUGUGUGUACUUGGUUAAUUUUCCCCUUUGCAACAUUCAGAGGGGUAAUAUUUUCCAUAACAUUAAUAAUGAAAAGGCUUUACUAUUUUUGUUCAAUAAGAAGAUUUUAAAAUCGGUGAGAGGUGUUAGUGAUUACUCCAAUUUUGUGUUUCCCUUUAAUAACGCGAAGGGAUGUCAGAGGGCCUUCAAAUUGAAGAAGAAAAUGCUUCACUUUGUGAGUCACAGAAAAGGGGUGCGAUGUGUAAAGAGAGCCGACAUUCCGCUGGGAAGCAUACAGGGUGAAAGUACAACCGAAGUGUGCCACCAACGUGGGAGUACUACUACUACUACUACCACCCCAGUGAAUGGAGCACCCAAAGAGGACGAUCCCCCUGAGAAAACUAGCACGAAGGAAAAAACAGAUUCAACAGGGGUAAUAACACCUUUUAAGAAGCUAAAAAAAAAGGACAUGAUCUUCCACUUGCAUCUUUUCGAAUUGCUCAUUAGACUUAUAUUUGAAAACACGAAAACUUAUUUUACCUUUUUCAUCACCGAGUUGACGCACCAUGGGGAAUUCUACAAAAAUGUGUACUACUUGAAUUUGAGCAAAAUUGUUAACGUGAGGAUUAAACGAAGGGGAAAUAAGAGCACAGCACAAGGGAGAGACACCACCAGUGAGCUACACAAUCUGAUGAAACAGAACGACGAGUGCAAACAUAUGAUAAGCGAAAGAGACAACACUAUACAGAUGUUACAAAAUGAAGUAAGAGAAAAAAAAAACGCAGUGUCAGAACUGGAGGAUCAACUCUCAAAGUACAAAAACAACCAUUUGGAUAAGCUAAAAGUUAUAGAAAAUCUGAAAAGCAAAAUAUCAAAAAGGGAGAAUACCAAUCAGAAGGAAAAUAAUGCAAAUGAACAGAUGGUAAAAAAUGCUAAUUAUAUAAAAAAACUGUAUAAUGAAAAUAAUUUAUUAAAGGAAAAAAUUAAAAAAUUGAGUGAGUCGAUUAGGAAAGACGAAGCUUCUUCUUCACAUUCGAUUGGAAAAUUUGCUGACUCGAAGGAGAGUUCCAUGACCAGCCUGCUGGCAAAUAACCAGAGCACAAAGGAUGAGGAGAAAAAUGAAAAGUUAAAUUUUUUUCUGAAGGCCUUUUUAGACACUGAGCAGAAGUUAUACACAGCCGACGUGCUUAUAAACACCCAGAAGGAGAUCAUUGCAAAAAUUAAAAAUGAGAAGAAUAGCUAUUUUGAGGAAGUUGAACGGAAAAAAGUUCUUUUUAAACGGGAAGUGGAAAAAUCACUAGAUUUUAUACACUCCAUUUGUGAAGACAUAAAAACGAACAAGGAGAAAAUUUGUCUGGCCAACAGGAUUAACAAGCUGCACGAUUGCAUAAAUAGCUUUUUGGGCACAUUUGAAAAGGGCCCCUAA